CAACCGAGGCCAGAGUGAGUCAGUCGAGUCGUGACUGUUGAUCGAUACGAACCACGGUCCCGAGUCUCGAUCAUUCUUGCCGGUUCACAUUGUGCAUUUUACACGAAGAUCCUCGAUCGGUGAUCAUCGCUAUAGUGUUCGAUUCCUCUCGGACGAUGCUGUGAACGAGCACCGUGAACUCUAAACUUCGUGCGCAGGCUGCAACGAAGACGCAUCCUUGGACGCGGUAUUUAAAAAAUACACCUGAACGUGAUUAGCCACGCGAGAAGAUCAGGCUGAAAAAGAAAUGACGACUACACUGAUGUUCCUGGGCCUGUUGGCCUGCAGUUACGCUCAGCUGAUAUAUCCUGAUGACUCCAUCUUAACAAGGACAACAACUGUUCCUCCUUUUCCUUCUACACCCCUAAAUAGUAAAAUGAAUCCUUCGUCUAACAGAAAAGUAGCAGCUCCCUAUCCAUAUAGCACUAGACAGCCGCAAGCACAAGUUCCUAGAUUACCACCGAGUAAUUUGGGUUCUGGACCAGCACAAGUAAUCUCAUCGCCUCCAGUAGUUUCAACAUUCUCUGAAAACGCGUUGCAGGAAUGGAGCGAUCAUGUGAACGACAUAAUAGUUAACGGAGUGUUGAAAUUCGCUCUGGAUAUGGAAAGGGAGAUCUACAGAACCCGAGGCACAUCCUUGAUCGAUCAACGAGACAAUAUCGUUUUCUCGCCAAUUAGUCUGACGGUGACGUUGGCGAUAGUCCUGGCAGGUUCUGCCGGCAGAACCUUCGACGAAGUGUCCAGAGUCCUUGGACUGGAGUCUGGCGUGGAUAUAUCGAGAAAUUCUGAGAUCGUUCAUCAGAUGUUUGGCAUACUGUUGACCCAACUUCAUAGCAAGAUAGCGGGAAGUUCUGGGCCUCGUGUAGAUUUUGCUACCGCCUCGUAUGUGCAGGAUGGAUAUCCAAUACGGUCGCAGUUUAAGGCUCUCAGUACGAACGUGUACCAGAACGAAGUGAUAAACACAGACUUCAUCAGAAACGGGAGAUUAGCCCAACAGACGAUAAACGCAUGGGUAAAAGAGAAAACUAUGGGGAAAAUCACGAGCAUCCUGAAUGAUGUACCAGGACCGGAAACUACCGUCAUCCUCUUGUCAGCGCUUUAUUUCAAUGGAGAGUGGAAUCAACACUUCUUGGAUAAGACCACCAGAAGAAAACAAUUCUUCGUUGAACCUAAUGAACCUAUUGAAGUUGAUAUGAUGUACAAUGGAGGCCAGUUCCCCUUCUAUGAAGACAAGAAAUUGGGUGUGAAGAUUCUGGGCCUACCUUACAAAGGACAUGAAAUCUCCAUGUAUGUUCUUCUCCCAACGGCCAAGGGUGCAAAGGCACUGCGAAAUUUCAAAAAUCAGCUAACAGUUGACAUAAUCGAAAGACUGAUCGGUAACAUGAAGAACGAGACCUGCAUCAUCGGUCUACCUCGAAUGAAGUUGACCAGUAGCCUAGAAUUAAGAACAACCCUUGCUGCUAUGGGUCUGACUUCCUUGUUCGAUCCAAUGACUGCAGACUUGAGUCUGAUGUCUCAAGGAUUCGGUGCCGUCCCGGAAACUCAACCAAUGCCCGCAGGUCCUACGAUGACUACUCCUUCUCGUCCAGGCAAGAGCAACACGAUCCCUCAAAACGUACCACCGAGCACCAACGACGUGCUGAUUUUCUCUCGCGGUGGUGAAGGAAACAUGGGCCACUUGGUGAAACGAAAUUACUUCACAUACGAGGAUAACGCCCGUGGUUUCACCGUGGAACAAUGGGCCAAUGGGUUCAGCAUCAAAAAGUCCCGUGGUCGUCGUCAGUCUAAAAGCCAACAAACGUUAAAAUCUACAAACGAAAACUCUUACUCGGUGGAGGGAUCUGAAUUAAAUAAUGGCACAAAAUUUGUAAACCUCGAGGGGAACAAGUACCGUUUCCAGGAGAAAGUACAGAAAGAGAGGAGCAGGCGACAGAGCAGGCCAAUUGAUCAGGACUUUCUAGAGUUUGUGAAGCAAAAGAAUUUCCCAUCAUUCGGUUUGGAUAAGCUAAGAAAUAGCGCCAAUCUGGUGAAUCCUCAUCUGUUUGCCUCCAACGUGUUACAUAAAGUAGAGAUUGAUAUCACUGAGAAGGGUACAGAGGCUGCAGCCACGACUGCGGUGGUUCUGGAACGCGAUGGAAGUCAGAAAAGGCUGAUAGCUGACAGACCAUUUAUUUUCUUCAUCAGGCACCAUCCUACGAGGCUCGUGCUCUUCUGGGGCACUCUGAACACUCCUACUCCAAAUUAUUCUGCUAAUAAACCUGCAAUGUGAACAUUCGUGAUAAGACAAGCAGUUGGAUUAUUGCUGCUCGAGGCAGUGAUUGCAUUCAGAAACCUUAGCUUUUUAAUCGAUACCAUUUAUCACAGCUUCUCGCUCAACUUGCAUUUGUUUCCAUCGAUGGCCAUCCAUCCAGUAAUUACAUGAAAAUGGGUUAAACGAGACCUGUUUCCUGGGAGUAGAACAAUGCAGUCUUCCUCUUGCAUUGGAUAGGAGGUCGAUGGCAGAGGUAUGUUCCUGGUACAAUUUACUUCUAUCGUUUUCCUUAGCAAUGCUUGUCAAAUACGAGCAUAAUCGCGUGCUGUAAGAAUUUAUAGAUGAUAAAUAUGUAUUCCUAACUAAACAGUAUUUUCAGAGAAUUAAAUGCUGUCGUAUAGUGCUCUAAGUGCUUGAACGUUGCAUUCAGUUGCAUCUAGGUAUAGAUAGUGCUGUAUUAAGUUAUUCUAAGAAUUAUUUUUUAUUAAUCGCGAUAAAUAAAUAUAUGUUUUAUUUUUUAACUUA